AACACUAUUGAAUACCAUCACAGCAACAAUUUCCUCCCGUGUAUAUUGGUAGCGAAAACAAGACAACGUUUACGAUUACCCUGCUGCAUUUUCAUCAGUGCAAGGAGUGCUGGAGGCGGCGGGACACUGAUACAUAUCUACGGCACCACUUUAUGGAUUCAUAUCUGGUAAUUUGUUUCCUUAAUACCAUAAUUUGUACGAUCCACUUAUACAGACCUCGAGAUAUAACACUCCGACCUUGUACUGACUGACUCUAUCGCUGGACAGUUAGAAAGGGACUAGAAGAAGUAUGGAGAGGUACCUUAGCUCACCUGUGCGCCUCCUCCUUGGCCUCAUCUGCGUCCUGGCUAGGGGCACUACUGCAGGCGAGGGCGUGGUGGUGGUGGCCGUGGAGUCUUCGAAAGGCCACCUAUGUAGGACCUUCCCCCAACACACCACCUUCCCCCGGGGCUUCCCCAGCGAGAACGCCUCCUCUGUGGGUGUGUGCGCCCUGGUGAGGCCCGAGUUGACGCAGCCAGCUCCAUACAGCCACAUCGUGUCCUUUACGUCCAGUGGCGUCUCUGUGGCUGCUGGCAUCAACUCCUCCCUCGCUCUCUGGCUGACGGUGGGCGAGGAGACGCACCGCCUGAAUGACUCCCUGAAGGGCGAGGUGUGGAACAUGGUGUGCGUGGGCCUGUCUGCCGCGCACGAUACGCCCACGCCCGAGGAGAAGCACCCACCACCAAAGGUUAACGAGGUGUGGGCGUCCCUGCAGGGCCUCCCCCUGGACGUGCCUCUCGGUGUCAACAUCACAGCGUGGGAGGAGGAUGUGGAGGUGUGCGUGGGCACCCGUAGCAAGUGGUACGCCUCCUUCACGGGCUUCGUCACUGGCGUCACGCUGCAGGUGGGGAAGGGGGAGCUGACCCCCGAUAACUGCUCCCUGCUGCUGGAGACCAACCAACUGACGGCGCCGCUCAACGAGUCCUGGACGCCCCAUGGCCCUGUCUUUGCCCUGGAGGAGGACCUGCGGCAGCCUUGUGACACAUCCGUGCUCACGCUGGUGCUGCGCGAGGCCUGGGGCCACGACAAGGCACUGCGCUGGUGCCGCAGCCUGGGGGGCCACUUACCCACGGAGGAGGAGGUCGCCGCGGGCCUGGUGACCUUGAAAUGCACCUCUGAGGAGCACCUGUCGUGGAUGAGCGACGCCAGCGAGAGGGAUGAGGGCCCCGCAAACACCUGCCCCGUGGUGCUGGCGGACGGCGGCGUGGGGCGGCGCCCCUGCCUCAGCGAGCUGGAGUGCAGCCUGUGCCAGGUGCCCGCCGGCCUGCGCUACACGCUCUACGGCGCCCGCACAGACUUCGACCGCCACUACCGCCUCAGCGCGCGGCAAGACGACUCUUUCCUCUUCCAGGGUGAAACCAGCAACAUCACGCGCACGGCGGCUGGCUGGACCCUGCAGUCCAGGCUGCACCGCCGCCAGCUGCACCUCAACGGCAGCGUGGGUGUGAUGGGGCGCCGCGCCUGGCGCUCCCCGACCCACGCCGCGGACACCCUCACCUUCACGGUGUGCAACGCCAUCCAGUUCUCCUCCAACGACGGAGUGUGUGUGCUGCGCAGCGAGCGCUGUGACGGGCGUGUCCACGCCCCGGACAUGAGCGACGAGGAGGACUGUGGCAGCCGGCGCCUCCUCCGCAAGGACGCGCACUACGACCCCGGCGUGAGGCCCUUCGCCGGCCAGAAGCUCACCAUCUACUACUGGUUCGAAGCCAUGCUGGUGCAGAAAAUGGACGCGGAGAAGGACCUGGCCAGCACAGACCUCAACCUGCACCUGCGCUGGGAGGACCCCAGGGUCAAGUUCGUCGACACCAAGAUGGGCCGCAACAGCUUCCCCUGCCACCAGAUCUGGACGCCCAGCUUGUUGAUGUUUGCGGGGUACUACAUCGGGCCCGCCGUGCACCCCUCCGCCAACAGAACCUUGUGCUACGUCUACUGGGAGGAGAUGCCGCGCCAGGAGAACCAGAUGGACGACCCCUUCAUGGGCAGGUACAUGACCAGGACCAACAUCUCGCAGUACCGUAACUUCCUGGUCACGUACCCUUGCAUGCUGCGUGUGUCCAGGUACCCCUUCGGCAGGUACAUGUGUAACCUCACCUUCAGCCUCUACGGGGACCAUGAGAACGUUGACUGGCAGGUGAUGGACCUCCGCCAGGAGAAUGGGAACCCGCCCAUUAUGAAUUACUACGGGGACCACGACCUCUUCGACUACAAACUGGAGAAGAUAACCUUAGACGUCCACCAUAAUAUGAUAUCUUUCACCUUGCACCUGAUUGGCCAGCCAGAUUACCACCUGAUGAGUAACUUCCUUCCUAGUUUCCUCAUUUUUGGGAUCUGUUAUUCCUCGUUCUACUUCCCCAUCGCGGAGUUUAAUGAAAGAAUGCAUGUCUCUUUAACAUCUCUCGUGGUUCUUAUCGCCUUUUUCUCCCAAGCGACAAAUUCCUACGUAAAAACGCCUUAUUACAAACUAAUUGACGUAUGGUAUAUCUCCCUCAUCAUACUGUGCUGUUUGGUGGUCACUGCUCACGUCUAUGUCAAUUACCUGAGGGUGCAGCGAGUCACGUCCCACUCCAGUCUGGCGAAGAAAGUUUUGUUGGCGAAAAGAUUUAAUGUCGGGUGCAAAAUUGUUAUUAUUACUUUGUUUGGACUUUUGGUGUUUCUGUUUGUAUUGUUUAGCAUGGAUAUUAUCUGAAAAGUGUGUGUGUGUGUGUGUGUGUGUUUGUUAUGUUCCUCGUGAUGUUCUCUUGGCUGGCUGAGUGUGUGUUGUCUUGCUGUGGUGUUCUUGUCUUGUUCAGUUCAGUCAGUUCAGUCAGUCACUUAUUUCACUAAGUAUAAAUAAGUAUAAAGCUGAACAAAAAGUAAACAAAUAAAUAAAGACGUAAACAAACAGUUAAGUAAAUAAACGAACACGAUGAAAACUAAAAACAAAACAAAAAAAUAAAUGCACUCAAACACUAAAGCAAAUAAAUAAAAAA